GACUUACCCUGGUCACUGGUGCACCUUGUGUUCUUUUGGUGUUUUUUUGAUUACGUUUUCGAAGAAAAAACUUAUCUUUUUGAGUUACUUUUUUUUCAAAUGUCGCUAUGAGGCCUACAUUUCGCAUGAGGACUGUGCAUGUUUCUUCCUUUUGAUCGUGCUUUCAAUUCUUGUGGUGUGUAGUGUGUACUAACGGAAAAGUUUUCUGCUUUUUUGCUUCGUUUAGAAUUUAGAUUUUGUUGCUUCGUUGAUGCUAAGUAUAUCCAAAUUGAUAAUAUAGACUACUUGUAAUUCAAGAUGAAUUCCAAUCACGUAUUCGACAAAGAAACCGCUCUAUGGCUGUUCGGUGACAAAAGGCAAAGUUUGCAAGACCUCGCAUCGUUUCAACUCGUCAAGAACAUCUGGUUCGAUAUCAUGUUGAGUGGAAAACAUCACAAUAUCAAGAGCGAACUAUCGUCGGCGGUGAACGAUACACUUCAAGAGCUUACGAAACAACUCAAGGCGUUGAGACUUCCUUCAUCUAUCCAGAAACUCGUUACGCAAUCGAUUGUGACCAUUCAACAAAGUCUACGGUUAUGGGUAGCUUAUCACUACGAACAAAUGUUAUCCGGAUUAGUUAAGCCUGGUGCUCCUGCUCGUAGAAUCACUCUGUACACUUGUCACUUGAAGUACGCCGUGUUCCAGAUCAACGGCGAUAUGAACUACGAAGCCAGCGCUCGAAAAAUGCUGAAGGCUAAGCAAUUCGAUAACAAGAUCAGUUUCGAGAUUAUGUGCAGAUUCUGUAUGGAAGAUUGGCUGUGUAAACUGCCCACUAAACUAGUUCUAUCGCUAAAGGCAAAAUUUUCUUGGGAAAAGAAUCCUUUGUGUUGGUAUUGGAUAUGUUUUCUGACCAACCGUCUUCACAGCGUUGAUUUUCCCAUGUUUGUGUACUGCUGCCCGUAUAUCAUGUUGAUAAAAUCCACCGAUUGUGAUAAUUGGUCCAACAUACGGUAUUUCUGGAUUCGCGUAUGCGACGUAGACGAUCAAUCGAAGGAAGCCUGCAGAGUGUUGAGCAAUAUCAAUUUGAACUGGUAUCUUAAGAACUUGUACUGGGAGAUGAGCGCGAAUCAGUGGAAAUAUGUUUUUAAUACGAUUCCGAUCGAAAUACUCAUCACUUUUUUCCGCCAGUACCAAGAAAAUGAAAAAGGAUUGUUUUUAUGGAAACGUAUGAAAGGCACGUUUACUGGUAAACUGUUCGCGGAGUUAUUGCAGAGAGUAUUUAAUGAGAAAACAAACGACGAGCGUGACUGGAGUAUGUCUGUAGCUAUGGAAAUGUGGCAGACGGCCGAAGAUCAUCUCAAGAAUUACGUAUUAAAAUACGAUAACGAAAUCAUCGCCGAUAAUUUCUUCGACCCUUUGUUCAUUCGUAAAUUCGAUACAAGUAUGGCAUUCUUAUUCGACCUGUUGUCUUUCGCAUUGGUCCAGUACAGGAAACAGUUAAUGCUGAACCACGGCGACGUUCUCUUCAUGUCCGACGAUUUACCCGGCGUUGAUAAAAUCGUCAAGCUUUGCCUUCCAAAAGCUCACGAUUUCUCCCAGUUCCAGAAAUUUCUAUUCAAGUCCGCGUGCAUCUUGCUUCGUAUCAAUCAGCUCUUGACCGAGGGUAAAUUCGCCUACUUGAAUAAAUUCUUCGAUCAGUAUUUUCCAAAAGACCCGACGACCAAGGCUUACAAAAGACAGAUUUUCGAAUUGAGCGAGAAAGGAAAAGGUUGCACAGGGUUUAUUUUCGAACCGACUACGUGGUCGGAAUUCGAAAAAUUCAUCGACAGCGUCCACGGACCGUUCGUCGUUACUCAGAUUAAAAAACGAUACAUUCGUUCGUUCAAACUGGAUUGCAUCAAAGAUCGCGGUAAUAUCGACCAGUUGAAAUGUAUGGAGAAAAUCGUCGCUCGUUUCUUAACGCAUGACGAAGCAGCCGAAUUCAAAAAAUCCCUAUUGGACGAUUUGAGAAACACGUUGGAGAAAUUUGUAAUAUCCGAAGCACGAUUCGACGACGUUGCUGGGAAAUUCAUCGACGCUGGUUUCUUGCGUAGACUCGUUUCGUGGUGCUGCAGCAACAAAGAGCAAAUACAACGAUUCAAACGAACCUUACCCGUGAAUAGAAUUUUCGCCGAUAUCGUUGGAAAUGUGACGUUUACAAUAUGUCACGAUUACGCGAAUGACGAAACCUUACUCGAGUCGAAUAAUGUUCAAAUGCCGGUAUAUUUGGCGAUGAGACCGCCGCCUUAUAAUAACGUUAUUUUGAAAAUACUGUCGGUCGCUGACGAGUUGUUUAAAUGGUAUUGCGACGGAGUCGAGCAAACCAAGAAAUUCAAGCUGGCUAGAAUGUUCGCUUUCGACGACCUGGAAUUGCUUGAGAAAUUGAACCGUGCGGCCGAUAUGGAUCCCAGAGAUACGAAUAUUUUGCUGGUUUGGCUGCUGUGUAACGAUGAAGACCGUAUUCGCGAAUUUAAGGCCAGGUUUAGCGAAUUUAAUUUGGCGUUGAAGAUGGAUCAGCUAUCUGUGAAGAAUGGACGAGAUAAGAAUGGUAAACCGAAAGCUGUGUGUAGCUAUGAUGCUAUUCUGAAUGCCAUUUGAAAUGAAUUAUUCGUUUUACGUGCCUUUUAACAAUUUUUUAUUGUAUUCUGUUUAGAAUUAGAAUGCAUGUUUUCGUAUUUUAUUAAUUUUUAGAAUUCGUGAAUCGUUUUUAGAAAAUAAGUGUUCGUUUUUUACCGUAUUUUGAUCUAGAAUAAGAUGUUACUUAAGUACUCGUUUUCAAUGUGAUUCGUUGCUAAUUAUCGACUUUAGUAUUAAAUCAUAUUUUUGAGCAUUGUGGUUGAUUACCUACAUAUAAUAGUUAGUAGUUUAUAAGAUAAGUAUUGUUCUUCGAUCGUUGAUUUUAUUUUUAUAUGAUGAAAUUUCAAUUAUAUUCUUGAUACUUUUUUA